GCUACUUAGUUAACUUUCUUGUUCACGCUGGUUGUAUACUUCACAGCCACCUUUCUUCAAUUUUAUGACCACAAGCAGUAACAUUCGACGCAGUUUAGAAACAAAAAUGGAUACAAAUAAACUAGUGGAAAUUUUAAAAGCGACAAUCGAUCCUAAUCAAAGAGAAGUUGCCGAAAAACAAUUAGAUCAGGUUCACAAAAUAAUUGGAUUUGCACCAUGUUUACUUCAAGUAGUUAUGAUGAACAAUGUCGAGUUUCCAAUCAGACAAGCAGGUGUUAUUUAUUUGAAGAAUAUGCUUUCACAGUUUUGGCAAGAAAAAGAAAGUGAAAUGGGAAAACCAAUUCCAUUCAGUAUUCACGAACAAGAUCGUGCUAUGAUUCGUGAUGCCAUUGUGGAUGCAGUUGUUCUUGCUCCUGAACUUAUCAGGGUUCAAUUAGCAGUUUGUGUCAAUACUAUUGUGAAGCAUGAUUUUCCAGCACGGUGGACUGGAAUUGUAGAUAAGGUAUCGAUAUAUUUACAGUCACCAGAGAUGUCCGGAUGGAUGGGUGCAUUACUCUGUUUAUAUCAAUUGGUAAAAAAUUUUGAGUAAGUAUAUUCUUACAUU